CGGCUUCCAGGUCAGGUGGCUAGUCAGCUGACUCCGCCACCAACAGGAAGGAGAAGUCUUAAUUCAACACAAUGCUCAGCCUCUGACUAAUUUCAUUUCUCUGACUCAGGAGCUCUUUGAACCUCAUUAUGUUCGGCGUUGACGAUGAAGACGGCGAUUUCUUGUCUCCGUCUGGAGGAGCCAAGCUGGCCUCACUGUUCGGAUUAGACCAGCAGUCUAGCCAGGGGAAUGACUCGUUCCAGUACACCGCCCCUAAACAGCCCCGAAAGAGCGUGACUCCGGGUGAGUGCAGACGCACACCUCUGGUUCUGACCCAACCAGGAAACGUUGACAGCUUUCUCUUGUCCACAGUGCCCGCCAUGAAACCAGCAGCGCCAGCCUCGCCAGCAGCUCCAGCAGUGUUGUUUGCCACACCAGCUCAAGCCUUCAAAUACAUCAACGGACAGUACGUGAAGCAGGGCAAGCUCGGGGCGGCUGUAUUGGGAAGCCACGCAACGAAGGAGUACAAGCUGCUGCUGUACCUGAGCCAGCAGAAGCAGGUGACGGCUGCCAGGAUCCACCCUGGCUUCCUGAUCACGCUACAGUCAAACAACUACUGCACCUUCUACGACGACCAGAGACACAACUGGUCCCUCAUGUUCGAGUCAGAGAAAGCGUCCUCUGACUUCUGUAAGGAGGUUUGUUUGGCGAAAGCCAACAGCAGUCCCAGCCUGGACACUGUGGUGGUGCAGGACCUGAGUCUGGGCGAGGGGAAGCCCGUGGAAACGGAAGACUCUUUGGAGGUGCUUUACACAGGCUGGCUUCUGCAGAACCACACCCUUGGACAGAUGUUCGAUUCCAACCACAAUAAGGACAAGUUGCUGCGACUCAGGCUGGGAGCUGGAAAAGUCAUAAAAGGCUGGGAGGAUGGUAUCCUGGGAAUGAAGAAGUCCGGGCGCCGCCUACUUGUGAUCCCCCCUGACCUUGCGUACGGAGCUAAAGGGGUCCCUGACCGCAUCCCGCCCAACAGCACUUUAAUUUUUGAGACUGAGCUCAAGCGGGUGAAGUUUUCAAAAGACAGCAGGUCUGACAUCAGCAGUCUGAGCUCCAGGGACUCUGCCACACCGUCUCCAGCCCCUGCUGUGGAGACUCCAGAGCCUCCACUUCACACUGGGGCUGCUGGGGAUGGAAGGCCUGGAGAGACUCACUUGCUCUCCAAAUCCAACGCCCUUGCAGAGAAGCUGACGGCCCCUGAUGCCACCAAGGCCAAGUUGAUCUCUCGAAUGGCAAAGAUGGGUCAGCCCAUGUUGCCGUUUCUGACCGGAGCUGGUCAGCCGGAGUCCAGCGAUUCGGAGCUAGAGGACACUGGUGGUCGAAACAAGGAGGGACCUGCUGCUCCUUCCCCAAUGCCCCUCUCUGCCGCUGCUCCGGUUUCAGUCCAUGCACAUCCACUCCCUCACACCACCCCGACCCCACUGCCUGCCGUCGGCAACUUUGCUGCACCUGGUCUGCCUGGCACCUCACACGCCUUCCAGCCGUACUUGUACAACCCGAACUCUGUGCCCUCCAAUCAGCUGCAGCAUCUUAGCCAGGUGUAUCCUGCACACAGCGUUUCUUACACAGGUGACGUCACUUCCUUUCUGAUGACCGAGGCCAGGCAGCACAACACAGAGAUCCGGCUUGCUGUGGGAAAGGUUGCGGACAAAGUGGAUCAUCUCACUGCCAAGAUAGACGAGCUGCAGCGGCAGGGAAGCGUCUCUCUGGGGAUGUCAGGGAUGUCCAUGGAAACCUCCAUGAUCAUGCACAACAUCCAGAGAAUCACCCAGGAGAACGAGUGCUUAAAAAAGGAAGUGUUUGAGAAAAGCAGUCGAAUCGAGGACCAAAACCGUAAGAUCUGCGAGCUCAUCGACCAAAACCAGAGGUGCGUCACUACUGUCUUGAUAUGCAGUGUGUGCCUCCAUCACCAUUCCCUGCCCGGUCUGGGACAGCGUUUGAAUUUUCAGUGGAUUUUAAGAACAAAUAUGUAUUCUACUGUGAUUGACAUCCCUGUGAAACGUCGCACAAGUGUUUGCUUCCUGGAUGGGUGUUGUUAUGAUGUGGUGUUCACUCCUGAUGCCAGGCGCAUGGAGCAGAGCAACCUGCUGCUGGAGCAGAGGAACGACACGCUGAAGGUGUCCAGUGAACAGAGUCAGGCCAGGCUGCUGAAAGCGGAGCAGGACAAGCACGCGCUGCCUCAAGACAGCAGCUGGGGUCAGGUGCAUCUGACCGAUGAACUGGCCUCCGCCACAGCCCGGCUGUCGCAGCUGCAGCUGGAAGCUGCUGCCCAUCAGCAGAAAGCUGCAGAGCUUCAGAGCAAGCUCAGCUCUGCGCUGCAGGAGAGCGAGAGCAGCAGUCACCGCAGCUCCACCCUGUCAGCAGAGAUGGAAGAGCUGAAGGAGUCGGCCGAGCGAGCGCAGACUCUGUGUCGCUCAGAGAAGCAGCAGCGCAAGCAGCUGGAGCUGAAAGUGUCCAGCCUGGAGGAGGAAGUGCAGGACCUGAAGACAGACAAACAGAGUCUGGAGACGGCCUUGUCAGACAGGAAGAGCAAGUGGCAGGACGAGCGGCAGCGCAGAGACGAGGAGCUGGAGAAUCUGAGGAGAAGCCACCAGCAGGAGUUGGAAAGCCUCCGAGUGCAGCUUCACAAGUCCUGGGCCACGACAGAGGGUGCUGCCUCUGAACAGGCGGAGCUGGAGGAGCAGUGGAGGAGGAAGUUUGAGCAGGACUUGGCCUCAGCUCGUGACCGACACAAGCGAGAGGUUUCUGAGCUGACUGAGCAGAGAGACACUCUGCAGGAGAAGAUGACUGAGCUGCAAGAGAAGUUCACCCUCCAGGAGCAGCAGAGUGCCGCGGUGAAGAAGGAGCUGCAGAGCCGAGUGGCUGAGCUGGUGAAGCAAGCGGACGAGAAGGAGACUGCAGACACUGAGGCGGAGGUGAAGCGAGUGAUGAACGGCGUCUUUCACUCUCUGCGGGGGGAGUUUGACCUCAGCGAAAUGUACAGUGGACAAGCUGUGCUUGGGGUCAUCGUCACAACCAUCAAGAAUGUAACUCUUCAGCUGCUCAGUGGCACACGAGAAUCUUCACCGAAACCUAGUGAGAAGCGAGAGGUGACGGAGGACGAAGCAGAACAUGCGGAUGAAAAAGAAAACCAGCUUCACACCGAUGAGAGCGAACCUGAGAGAAAAGAGAACCCCGUGGAGGAGGAGGAGGAGGAGGAGAAGAAGGAGGAUGCUGAGCCACUCACUCUUCCUGUGUCUGAGACUCAGACCCGUGUUGCUGUGAAACAGGAGGCAGAACCGUCCAUAGAUUCUGAUGCUGCCGAGGCACGGAGCGACCCACAGGAGGCAGAAGUCACUGAGCGGUCAGAAGAGGGAGCUGUGAGCGUGGAGGAGAGUUUGUACAGUGUGGCGGCUGCACCACAUGAUGGUGCUGCGGAGGUUACUGAGGUCAAACCAGACAACAGUGCAGAGAGUGAGGACCCAGACCAGAAACCUUUUGGACCUCCAGCCAAACCUCCUCCACCACCUAACAGGGUGGAAGAUCAAGUCCUGGGAGACAGCACGAGUCCGGCGGGGGGAACUGGCCAGGAAAAUGGAGUGGAGACAUUUUUCCAGAGUCCAGCAAUGAACUCCUCACAUGCAGCCACUGAGGAAGAGGAGGAGGAGGAGGAGCUGAGCUUGAAGGGCCAACCACCUCCUACUCCUCUGUUUGGUGACGAUGAGGAUGACGAAGAUUUAGACUGGUUGAGUUGAGUCUGCAUCCUGACCUGCUACUGAUGGAGGACCACAGGCUCCUGCGUUGCCUCCUGCCCUGGGGCCUCUGUGGUGGCCUUGUUUUGCCAAAGACCAAUCAGACACAUUUCUUCCUCUUCCAUGCAGUUUUUACUUUUCACUGUAGCAAAGUCUGACUGACGUGUUGUCGCGCCGCUCAGUCUUUUUUAAAAUAAAGAGCUGAACUUUUUACCUGAGUGUGUUUCACCU